CGUCCGGCGUGAGCAGCAAACAGGCCUGCAACAAGUGUGAAUUGAUGGAGACGACCACCGACUCUUUUGAUCUAAUUGGUACAACUACUGCACCUGAUGAAAAUGACUCUGCGUGUGGUGACAAAUAUGAUGGGCUGAAACAGUCUCUCAACACAGUGUCUCUAAUCCUUUAUUCCCUGGCUUUUGUCCUCGGUGUGCUCGGGAAUGGAGUGGUUAUCUGGGUGACCGGGUUCAAGAUGAAGAAAACUGUUAACACAGUUUGGUACCUCAACCUUGCUGUGGCUGACUUCAUCUUCACUGCAUUUCUGCCCCUCAGUGUGACUUACCUAGCUUCAGGUUUCCACUGGCCUUUUGGCAAGUUCAUGUGCAAGCUGAACACCACCAUCAGUUCUCUGAACAUGUUUGCCAGUGUCUACAUUCUGGUGGUGAUCAGUGUGGACAGAUGUGUGUCAGUGGUGUGGCCGGUCUGGGCUCAGAACCACUGAAAUGUACGCAAAGCAUCCUAUGUGAGUCUGUGUGUUUGGGUGGUGGCUUUGAUUCUCAGUGCUCCAUAUUUCAUCUUCAGGGACACUGAACAAGACUCUAACAAAAUCCUCUGCUUCGACAACUAUGCUCUUUCUGAUGACUAUGAAACACCAUCUGUGAAAAAGUUACGACAAUUUCGUCAUCAGGCCAUUAUCAUUACCCACUUCCUCCUGGGAUUUGUAGUGCCCUUCCCUGUCAUUGUCUCCUGUUAUGCUAUCAUAAUUCAUCGUCUCAGAGGUCUUGUUAUGCAAUCAGGGCGCCCUUUUAAGAUUAUUUCUGGUAUUAUAGUAAUUUUUUUCCUGUGCUGGGCCCCCUUUCACCUAAUGGUUCUAAUUGAACUAGUGAAAUUCACAUCUGCUACUCACAAUCAAACAUUAGAUUAUGUCACAGCUAUUGGGAUGCCUCUGGCCACAAGUCUGGCCUUUCUCAAUAGCUGCCUGAAUCCAAUUCUGUAUGUGUUCAUGGGCCAUGACUUUAAGGAUAAAGUACACAGAUCCAUCCUAAAUGUAUUGGUGGCUGCUUUCCGGGAAGAGCAGAUACGAUCUCACAUUUACAGGA